AGGAACUCACCUCUCAGAUAUCACAAAUGAAAUCGCAAAUAAUAAUGAUAGAUGUUUGUAGAGCAUCUGAAGAAUCCAAAAUAAAUGUACUUGAAUCAAAUUUGAAUGUGUAUAAAAAUGAGUACGAUGAACUGUAUAAAAAAGAACGCGAUUUAGUAGACCAGCAAAACGUACAACUAAAACAAAAAGAAGCUGAGGAAGAAGAGAUAGAGAGAGUAAAAUUAACGAAAAUUCUAGAAAGGAAUGAACAGCAAGCGAAGGAAGCAGAGGCUAUUGAACAGGAAUGUGAAGCUAUUGAGCGAGAGUGUAGUGUUUUGACGAAGAGAAACAAAGCGAUAAUGUUAAAAUUAAGAAAAAAACUUGUCGAAACCGAAGAUAUAAGGCGCGAAUUCACGAAGAAAAAGGAAAAUACAAAUUAA